AUGACGAAUUCACCUACAGCUGCCAAAAUACCUCGCCCAAUGAACUGUUUCAUGACAUUUCGUGUCGAAAAGCAGCGAGAAAUCCUCUCCCAAUGUCCUGGCGCAAAUCAUCGUGACAUUUCAAAAAUUGUUGCUAAAUGGUGGAGAGAUAUUCCUGAUGACAAAAAGGAACCUUACCGCGUCAAGGCAGCUAUUGCCAAAAUCAAACACUUGGAACAAUACCCUAAUUACAAGUAUCGUCCUCAAAAGAAGACUUUGAAAACGAGACCCUACAAAAAACGCCCU